AUGGCCCGUUCCAAUAUCCGCUACGGCUUGACCAAGGGUCACCCCACGACUGCCAUCCCGAAGACUGUCCGCCCCAGCCAGCGGAAGGGUGUCCAGUCUGCGCGCACCAAGUUCGUGCGCUCUAUCGUGCGGGAGGUUGCAGGUUUCUCGCCAUAUGAGCGACGAGUAAUGGAGCUGUUGAGGAACUCCAAGGACAAGAAGGCGAGGAAGCUGACGAAGAAGCGGCUCGGUACGCUCCUGCGCUCGAAGCGCAAGUUGGAGGAGCUCGGCACGAUCAUUCAGGAGAGCAGGAGGGCAGGCCACUAA